CUUACGGUUCGUGCCUCAGAUCAAAUCAUGAAAUACUUCGUGUACACUGCAUCUGAGAAUGAUACGGAUUGGUGGGAUGAAUUUGAAAAUUUGACUGGCACACCGCCCACAGAAACAUUUAGCCCUUGUCCCAAGGACGCUGGGGAUCUCAACAAGCAUGCUGUGGUUGUCAUUUAUGCCCUGGUCUUCCUGCUGAGCCUGCUGGGAAACUCCCUGGUGAUGCUGGUCGUCUUGUACAACCGGGUCAGCCGCUCUGUCACUGACGUCUACCUGCUGAACCUGGCCCUGGCUGACCUGCUCUUCGCCCUGACCUUGCCUAUCUGGGCUGCCUCCAAGGUAAAGGGCUGGAUCUUUGGCACAGCCCUGUGCAAGGUGGUCUCGCUCCUGAAGGAAGUCAACUUCUACAGUGGUAUUCUACUGCUGGCCUGUAUCAGCAUAGACCGUUACCUGGCCAUUGUUCAUGCCACGCGCACACUGACUCAGAAGCGACACUGGGUCAAGUUCAUAUGCUUAGGCAUCUGGGCUCUAUCUCUGAUCCUGUCCCUGCCCGUCUUCAUCAUCCGUCAGGUGAUUGAACCACUUUUGUCCGUCCCAGUCUGCUACGAGAACUUGGGUGCCAAUACAACAAAAUGGCGCAUGGUGAUGCGGGUCCUGCCCCAGACCUUUGGCUUCCUCGUGCCACUGCUGGUCAUGCUGUUCUGCUAUGGACUCACCCUGCGCACACUCUUUCAGGCCCACAUGGGGCAGAAGCACCGGGCCAUGCGGGUCAUCUUCGCUGUCGUGCUCGUCUUCCUGCUCUGCUGGCUGCCCUACAAUCUGGUCCUGGUGGCAGACACCCUCAUGAGGCUCCAGGUCAUCAAGGAGACCUGUAACCGCCGAAAUGACAUUAACCGGGCCCUGGAUGCCACCGAGAUUCUGGGCUUCUUCCACAGCUGUCUCAAUCCCCUCAUCUAUGCCUUCAUUGGCCAGAAGUUUCGCCAUGGACUCCUCAGGAUCAUGGCCACCCAUGGCCUGAUCAGCAAAGAAUUCCUGGCCAAGGACAGCAAGCCCUCUUUUGUUGGCUCUUUUUCAAGGAGCACUUCUACUACCCUCUAAGACCCCCAGCCCUGGUGCAGCCCCACAGGGCUCCUCUCCUCCUGUUAGCACCCAAGCCUCAAGUCUACUGGCUAUUCAGAGUGUCUGUGGCAGGCCAGCCCCUCAUUGUGGUCAC